AACGUAUGACCUGUCUGUGGCCUUGGCGUGCAGUGUGUGCGGCUGCUAGUUCUCCAACGGACCUGUUUAAUUGUAGCUAGCUUUGUGUCCGACCUGUCGGCAGUGUAUCCGGGAGCAGUUGGAGAAGAGCUGAGCCACCAUGCUGACAUGUAGGACUGUAUGGAAGAAGCUAACCCCUCUAGCUAGAGCCUCGUCAGCUGUCUGCCGGCAGAACGUGAGGAGAACAGGCUUAAACAAUGCCAGAACUCCACUGUGUGUGCCUGUGGCUCACAUGUCCACGGGGCCAGCGGGUGGAGGUGGAGACAACCUGAAAUACGCCCUCCUAGUCGGAGCAGCCUUUGUUGGUGGCCUAACAUACGCUGUCGUUACCCUAAAGGGGGACCAGCAAAGACAUCAGGAACGUUUGGCAGAGAUCUCCUCCAGGAGGCAGAAAUCAGCCGCGAAACAAGCAGCCACACCGCUCCAAACAGAACCCCCUGCUGCUGAAGCUGCACAGACAGAGGCCCACCUAGAGCCGAAACCUGAAGUCCCAGCGGCUGAGGUCGCCGAAGCAGCAGCUCCCAGCGAAACCACUGAACAGUCUCCAGCCUCCAAACCUGCCUCUCCAAAGCUGCCCUCACACGCCCCCUACCUGCUGAUUGGUGGAGGUACGGCCUCUUUCGCUGCUGCUCGCUCUAUCCGAGCCAGAGACCCUGGUGCCAAGGUGCUGAUCGUGACUGAUGAGCCAGAUCUUCCAUAUAUGAGGCCUCCUCUCUCUAAGGAGCUGUGGUUCUCUGACGACCCAAGCGUCACAGAAACUCUGAGGUUCAAACAGUGGAACGGGAAGGAGAGAAGCAUCUACUUUCAGCCGCCAUCAUUUUACAUCGAUCCAGAGGAUUUGAAUAGUGCUGAAAAUGGGGGAGUGGCGGUCCUCGCUAGCAGAAAGGUGGUUCAUAUGGAUGUGAGAGGAAACAAAGUAAAACUGGACGACGAUACAGAGAUUUCUUAUGACAAGUGUUUAAUUGCUACUGGUGGGGUCCCGAGGAAUCUGCAGGUAAUCGAGAGAGCAGGAGAGGAGGUGAUGAAGAGGACCACUUUAUUCCGCAAGAUCGAAGACUUUAAAGCGCUGGACAAUGUGUCGAGAAACAAGCAGUCCAUCACCAUUAUUGGAGGUGGAUUCCUGGGCAGCGAACUGGCCUGUGCGCUCGGCAGGAGAUCAACAGAGUCCGGGUUAGAGGUGAUUCAGAUGUUCCCAGAGAAGGGCAACAUGGGCAAGGUGCUCCCCGAAUAUCUGAGCAACUGGACAACGGAAAAAGUCAAGAAAGAGGGUGUGAAGGUCCUCACAGAAGCACUGGUCAAAUCUGUGUCUUACAAAGAUGAUAAACUAGAAAUCAAACUCAAGGAUGGACGAUUGGUGAAGACGGAUCACAUUGUUGCUGCUGUCGGCCUGGAGCCAAAUGUGGACCUUGCUAAGUCAGCCGGUCUGGAGGUGGACUCUGACUUCGGUGGCUAUCGGGUCAAUGCGGAGCUGCAAGCCAGGUCCAACAUUUGGGUGGCUGGAGAUGCAGCCUGUUUCUAUGACAUCAGGCUGGGCCGCCGGCGGGUCGAGCACCAUGACCAUGCCGUGGUCAGUGGGAGGCUCGCUGGAGAGAACAUGACGGGAGCCAGCAAACCUUACUGGCAUCAGUCUAUGUUCUGGAGUGAUCUGGGACCCGAUGUCGGCUAUGAGGCUAUUGGGAUCGUUGACAGCAGCCUGCCGACAGUAGGAGUGUUUGCCAAGGCCACUGCUAAGGACACGCCCAAAGCUGCUACUGAGGAGUCGGGUACGGGGAUCCGCUCAGAGAGCGAGACGGAGGACACUGCUUCCAGCGCAGUGGCCUCUUCCACGCCGUCUCCUGCCGUCCAGCACAAGGACGAAUACGGAAAAGGAGUCAUCUUCUACCUGAGAGACAAAGUGGUGGUGGGGAUCAUCCUGUGGAACGUGUUUAACAGGAUGCCCAUUGCCAGAAAGAUCAUUAAGGACGGAGAGGAGCAUGCAGAUCUGAACGAGGUGGCAAAGCUGUUCAACAUCCACGAGGACUAAGCUGCUGGAGGCUGACACUCAGGGGAGAGAGUUUAACUUCAUAGAAAGAGCGAACUCUGGCAGUGAUCGCCACCUUCGUUAAAACGAAACAUGUCUACCAAAUGAGAGGAUCAAUGUAUAUUAAACUGUUGAUAUUUUCAUAUUUGGAGUUUGUAUCUGCUGUUUUAUUUUGCUUGUGUUUGGGUUUACCCCCCACAUAAGAAGUCCUCAUCAUUUUUUCCUUUCACCGUCAUUUGUGUGAUUUCCCCCACCCCAAAAAAACAAAAACAAAAA